AUGUCGCUGAAACCUAGCGCCAGGACUGAGGCCCGCCGGAACCAGUACAAAGUUACGGUAGAUGCGGAGGAGGGACGACGGAGGAGAGAAGACAACAUGGUUGAGGUGCGAAAAAUCAAACGUGAGGAGAGUCUGAUGAAGAAGAGGCGUGAAGCUCUUGAUGAUUUCUCGGGAUUGGUCGACGACGAUAUGAAGUUGGAGAGUUUGCAAGAUAUGGUCGCUGGGGUUUGGUCGGAAAAUCCUGACUGGCAGCUUAAUUCAACUACUCAGAUCAGGAAGCUUCUAUCUAUCCGCAGAAGUCCUCCAAUCGAUAAAGUGAUAGGCUCUGGAGUCGUGCCUCGGUUAGUUGAGUUUCUUAAGAAAGAAGAUAACCAUAAGAUUCAAUUAGAGGCAGCUUGGGCUCUAACAAACAUUGCAUCUGGAACAUCGGAUCACACAAAGGUUGUAAUCGAACACAAUGCUGUUCCAAUCUUUGUCCAGCUUCUUGCUUCACCCAAUGAUGAUGUCCGCGAACAAGCUGUAUGGGGGUUAGGUAACGUUGCUGGUGAUUCAAAGCAGUGCCGUGAUUAUGUUCUUAAUUGUGGAGCACUUGUUCCGCUUCUCAAUCAGCUUAAUGAGCAUACCAAAUUGUCUAUGCUUAGAGAAGUCACAUGGACUUUGUCAAACUUGUGUCGUGGUGGUGGCCUGAUUAAUCCCGAAGCGCUUCAAGCCCUUGAACGAUUAAUUCAUUCUACCGAUGAACAAGUCUUGACAGACGCAUGUUGGGCACUCAGUUACAUCACUAGAGUAUCCAAUGACAAAAUCCAGGCUGUCAUCGAUUCGGGCUUUGUCCCAAGACUUGUUGAACUUCUCCUCCAUCCUUGUAUGUCAGUGCUAGUUCCUGCGCUUCGCACGGUUGGAAAUAUAGUAACGGGAGAUGCUCUACAAACACAGUUUGUGAUCAAUAGUGGUGCUCUGCCUUGUCUUGCCGUCAUUCUAACUCAAAACUAUAAGAGAAGCAUUAAAAAGGAAACUUGUUGGACGAUUUCAAACAUCACAGCGGGAACCAAAGAACAGAUCCAGGCUGUAUUAGAGGCUAAUUUGAUAGCACCCUUGGUCAAGCUGCUUCAAUGUGCUGAAUUUGACAUUAAGAAAGAAGCUGCAUGGGCAAUUUCAUAUGUAGCUUUUGGAGGUUCUCAUGAUCAGAUCAAAUACCUUGUAGAACAAGGAUGUAUAAAACCGUUAUGCAAUCUCCUACGAUGUGUGGAUCCAAAAAUCAUAAUUCUCUGCCUUAAAGCAUUGGAAAACAUUUUAAAAGUGGGAGAGGAAGAGAAGAACUUGGGUAAUACAGGGGACAUGAACCAUUACGCUGAGCUGAUUGAUGAUGCAGGAGGGCUAGACAAGAUGGAGGACCUUCAGAACCAUGACAACAGUGAGAUCUAUGACAAGGCUCUAAGAAUUAUGGAGACAUACUGGCUUGAAGAAGAUGAGGAAACACAACAAUCUCCUGAUGGAUUCAACUUCAACUGA